AAUUAAUCGAAAACACUCACCCUAAACUCAGAAGCCCCAAGUCCAUAACUCAUGACAAGGAUACACCCGUCUUUUUCACCGACUCUCUGCCCCGUUUUGGUCAUUUCACUUCUUCUCCACAAAAUACACUAAAAAUACUACUCUUUCUUUGCUUCACCACUCUCGUCAAUUUCCCUCCUUCCUUUACUUUCUCGCUCUACCUUUCUUCAUGGGUAGUCGAACCCAAUCUCACAAACUCAGCAAUGGCCUUUACGUUUCGGGUCGGCCCGAUUCUCAGCCCAAAGAGCGCACCCCUACAAUGGCUUCUCGUGCUGUUCCUUACACUGGUGGCGAUAUCAAGAAAUCCGGUGAACUUGGUAAAAUGUUUGACAUCACAGCCGUUACUACUACGUCUUCCUCUUCUCUUUCUCUCUCUUCUCCUAGACCUCCACCUUCUCGGGCUUCUUCUCAGCCUAAUUCUGGGUCGGCCCGAUCUUGGCCCAACUCCGGUCUAUUACCUCCUCGUCUAAGUAGCUCUGGUUCCUUCACUAAGAAGUCUUCUGGGCCACUUUCGCUCCCUCCAACUGGGCUUAUCACUUCUGGCCCAAUUAGGAAGUCGGGCCAACUUGACGGGUCUGGACCGCAGCAUCCCGGUUCUGGCCCAACUGUUGGUGGUGGUGGGUCUGGGAAAAUGGUUUAUGGGUCUUCUGUUACUAGUUUAGGGAGUGAGGGUGUGAAGUAUGGGUUGAAGGUUUCUAGGGCAGCAAUGUGGAUUCUUGGGAUUGUGAUUUUAAUGGGUUUGCUUGUUGGAGUUUUUCUCAUGAUUGCGGUCAAGAAAGCUGUGAUUUUGGUGAUUGUUGCUGCUGUUUUGGUGCCAAUUUUUAUGGGAUUAGGGUGGAAUUAUGCUUGGAAGAAAAGGGCAAUUUUGAGCUUUGUUAAGAGAUUUCCAGAUGCUGAGCUUAGAGGUGCUGUUGAUGGCCAAUUUGUUAAGGUUAUAGGGGUUGUUACAUGUGGUAGCAUACCUCUUGAAUCGUCAUUUCAAAGGGUACCUAGGUGUGUGUAUGUAUCAACAGAACUGUAUGAAUACAAAGGAUGGGGUGGAAAAUCUGCGAAUACUAAACAUCGUUGCUUAUCAUGGGGUUGUAGGCAUUCAGAGAAAUAUGUAGCUGAUUUUUAUGUAUCUGAUUCCCACUCUGGAUUAAGAGCCCUUGUUAAAACUGGAUAUGGAGCAAAGGUUUCUCCUUUAGUGGAACCUUCAACAGUUGUCAAUGUAACCAAACAAAAGCGAGAAUUGUCUCCAAACUUCUUGCAGUGGCUAGCUGAUCGUAAUCUUUCGAGUGAUGACUGCAUAAUGCGCCUAAAAGAAGGGUACGUUAAAGAAGGCAGCACUGUCAGUGUUAUGGGCAUUGUGAGACGCCAUGAAAACAUCCUCAUGAUUGUACCUCCCACCGAGCCAAUCUCUACAGGCUGUCAAUGGUUACGUUGCCUCCUCCCGAUGUAUGUUGAAGGUUUAAUAUUGCAUUGUGAAGACACUCAGAAUUCCGAAGUCAUCCCUGUGUAAAUACAUAUGCAACCCUUAUUUCCUCCACGAGUUUUUUUUCCUUUGAGUGAAAUCCACUAGUACAUAUAUGGCACGCGAAAAACUCAAAAAUAGGGCACGUAAUGCCCAUUCCUCUCUGUCCAUAUCUUUCUGCUCUUCAAGUGUAUGUAAAUCGGCCUGAAGCAGAUACAAAAAAGGGCUCAGAGGAGGAUGCAGGUGUGUAAUAAGUAAAAGAUUAUUAGAGUGAAGUUCUUGUAAAAAUUCUGUGUUUAAUCGAAUCGAAACAAGAUUGGGGGGAAAAGAAGCUUUCCCAAUCAACACUAUGAGAAAAGGAAGAUUGGGAUUUUCAUGGUGAAGCCGAGUAUAUUCAAAAAUGUUUAGUGUACAUAAGCUACAACAGAUCUAAAGAACCCUAAUCUUCUAUUCCUUGCAUUUUUGUUUGCCUUUGCAAUUUACUUCAAGGUAGAAUAAUUAACAGUAGUGUUUAUUUAUUCAUUAUAUAAAUUUAAGGUACCAAUCAUGUAAGCAUACAUAAAUAUAUAAUUUAUAUAUCAUAUGGUAUGUCCUGUGUUUUCUCAUGGUGAAUUAUGGUAAAUACUUGCUCGUUUAUAAG